GCGUGCUCGCCCGGAGCCGGUAGUCUCUUUGGAAACUUCUGCGGGGGUAAAAGAGCUAGGAAAAGCUGCGAAGCCGUGCGGGGUUUUUCCUCUUUUUUGCUCCUUCUAAUUACCCUCUCCUCCGUUUGCAUCCUUCUCUGGGCUUCACGCCGAACUUGGGAAUUUCGAAGAGGUGGUUGCAGAGUGGGAGAAAAGAGGCGUUAGGGUUUGGGAUUUUUUAUUUUUUUUUUAACUUUCUUGAUUUCAACAUUUUCCCCUACCCCUUGCGGCUGCAGCCGGCGCCUUCUACCUGCUCCGCGGCAGCCGCGCGCUGCUAGCAGCUGAGGGUUAGAAAGGAGCAGGGUGUGCUUUAGAUUUUAAACAAAAUUUUUGAAGACAAACCCAUUUUUCUCCCCUACCCCGUCUCCUCCACAGCCUCCGAGCUCUUUAUUCCGGUGGUUGCUUUGGGGUGAACAAUUUUUGCCCCCCCCCCCCUGCAGUUCUGACCAGGUCGGGCUUGGGGUUUUUGUCCGGCCCCACUCUCAGUGCGUGCACCUGGCGCUGCUCUUUUGCCCCAACCUGUUGCAAGUCUUUAAUCCCUGUAACUGGGACUUGCUUGCAGGCACCCCAGCCCACCAACUCUCCCCGCAUUUUGCAGUCGUCUGGGGAAGGGCACCUGCUCUACCUGCCAGACUUUUUUUUUAAAUUUCUCCGGCUCCCUCCUGGCCCCUUUCUCCCUGCACUCUCGCUCUCCUACCCCGCCCCACGGUAAAGGGAGAGAUUCGAGGAAGAUGGUGCUCACCGCGGUCCUACUGCUGUUGGCCGCCUGUGCGGGGCCGGCCCAGGGCCUGGGCUCCUUCGUGCACUGCGAGCCCUGCGACGAGAAAGCCCUCUCCAUGUGCCCCCCCAGCCCCCUGGGCUGCGAGCUAGUCAAGGAGCCCGGCUGCGGCUGCUGCAUGACUUGCGCCCUGGCCGAGGGGCAGUCGUGCGGCGUCUACACUGAGCGCUGCGCCCAGGGGCUGCGCUGCCUCCCCAGGCAAGACGAGGAGAAGCCCCUGCACGCCCUGCUGCACGGCCGUGGGGUUUGCAUGAACGAAAAGAGCUACCGCGAGCAAGUCAAGAUCGAUCGAGAAUCCCAGGAGCAUGAGGACCCAACCACCUCCGAGGUGGCCGAGGAGACCUACUCCCCCAAAAUCUUCCGGCCCAAGCACACCCGCAUCUCCGAGCUGAAGGCCGAGGCUGUGAAGAAGGACCGCAGAAAGAAGCUGACCCAGUCCAAGUUUGUGGGGGGAGCUGAGAACACUGCCCACCCCCGGGUCAACUCUGCCCCUGAGAUAAGACAGGAAUCUGAGCAGGGCCCCUGCCGCAGACACAUGGAGGCUGCCCUGCAGGAGCUCAAAGCCAGCCCUCGGAUGGUGCCCCGUGCUGUGUACCUGCCCAACUGUGACCGCAAAGGAUUCUACAAGAGAAAGCAGUGCAAGCCUUCCCGUGGCCGCAAACGCGGCAUCUGCUGGUGCGUGGACAAGUACGGGAUGAAGCUGCCCAGCAUGGAGUAUGUCGACGGGGACUUUCAGNACCCUACCCCCAGCCCCAACUCCAGCCACAAGUAG